CUCAUCAAUCAAAAUCUAAAUCUUUCAUUAUAAACCAAAAAUUAUCUUCUAAGAAAAAUGGCAGACAACAAGCAGGCCUUCCAAGCCGGUCAAACCGCAGGCAAAGCUGAGGAGAAGAGUAAUGUGCUGUUGGACAAGACCAAGGAUGCUGCUGCAGCAGCCGGAGCGUCCGCGCAAACAGCGGGACAGAAGAUAACGGAAGCGGCCGGAGGAGCAGUUAAUUUCGUGAAGGACAAGACCGGCAUGAACAAGUAGCGGCUCGAAAAUAAAAUUGGGAACUAUAAUUUCCCUUUUUUAUUAAUUGUUGUGGUUUCAAAUAAGAUUAAUUUCCAUAUUCAUCCUAGUUGUUGCUGUUGUUGUUGUUAGUGUUUUAAUUAAUGUUUCUCCCUUUCGGUUUAUGGUUGGAUGUUAUUGUAUUUAGCUUCCAGUUAAUUAAUAAACCUCUCUAAUCUUAUUCUAAU